AUGACUUCCUCUUGCCUCUUAUCUUCAACCCGAAACACCACAGCCACCACCACGGCUGCCGCCGCCUCCUACCUUCCUAAACAUCACUAUCAUCACCACCUUCCUCUUUUUAAGCUUCAACUUCCACCACUCAAAUCUUCUCAUCCUAUUCUAAGGCUAAGGAAUAAUUCAAGGUUUACCUACCCUCUUGCUUCCCUGUCUUCCUUUGCUGAUGCAGACGGCCAAGAACACGAAGAAGAUGUUAUCAACGCCGAUGAUCACCGUGAUGACGAAGGGGGGGCGAAAUCGGGAAUGGCUCAAGCAUUUAACAUAUCAUCUAAAACAGCUGUUGCAAUAUCAGUAUGCAUAGCAUGUGCUGCUCUUACCUUUCCUUUCUUUAUGAAGUCAAUUGGUCAAGGGAUGCCCUUUAAAACUAGGGUGCUUUCAUAUGUUACCUUGCUUUUCGGGUUUUACAUGGCUUGGAAUAUCGGGGCGAAUGAUGUAGCUAAUGCAAUGGGGACGUCUGUGGGGUCCGGUGCUCUGACGAUACGACAGGCGGUUCUGACAGCCGCUGUUUUGGAGUUUUCCGGGGCGUUGUUGAUGGGUACACAUGUCACAAGCACAAUGCAGAAGGGAAUUCUUGUUGCUAAUGUUUUUCAGGGGAAGGAUUCAUUGCUGUUUGCAGGACUUCUUUCUUCCCUUGCAGCUGCUGGUACUUGGUUACAGGUAGCAUCCUAUUAUGGCUGGCCAGUUUCAACUACUCAUUGCAUAGUAGGAUCUAUGGUUGGGUUUGGUCUUGUCUAUGGAGGAGUUAAUGCUGUCUUCUGGAGCUCACUGGCAAAGGUUGCUUCUUCAUGGAUAUUUUCACCAGUACUGGGUGCAGCCAUGUCAUUUCUAGUCUACAAAGGUAUCCGCAGGUUUGUUUACAGUGCUGAGAAUCCAGGACAGGCAGCAGCAGCAGCUGCACCAGUAGCAGUAUUCAUGGGUGUAACUGCAAUAUCAUUUGCAGCCUUCCCUCUUAGCAAAACCCUUCCCCUGGCUAUAGUCCAAGCAUUAGCCUGCGGAGCUAUUGGAGCAGUUAUUGUCUACCGAGUGAUCAACAUACAGUUAGGUCACCUACUUGCCAAAUCUAAAACCCAACACAAAGACGAACCUAAUCCCGAUAAUCCAGAACAGAAAAACAUCGGGCUCCUCUCUGACAUUGCUGGCCCGAAAGGAACCCAAUUGGAGAUAGUAUAUGGUGUGUUUGGUUAUAUGCAGGUCCUCUCGGCAUGCUUCAUGUCAUUUGCUCAUGGUGGAAAUGAUGUCUCUAAUGCUAUUGGUCCGUUGGCAGCGGCAUUAUCUUUACUCCAAGUUGGGGCUGGUUCGGGUGCUGCAAUUCAAAUCCCAAUUGAUGUUCUUGCAUGGGGUGGAUUUGGUAUAGUAGCAGGUCUUAUGAUGUGGGGUUACAGAGUGAUAUCAACUAUUGGAAAGAAGAUCACAGAACUUACACCAACAAGAGGGUUUGCUGCCGAGUUUGCAGCUGCAUCUGUGGUUCUAUUUGCAUCAAAACUAGGGUUACCUAUCUCAGCUACUCAUACGCUAGUAGGUGCUGUAAUGGGAGUAGGGUUUGCGAGAGGGUUAAACAGUGUCAGAGCAGAGACAGUAAGAGAGAUCGUCACUUCUUGGGCAGUGACAAUUCCAGUUGGUGGAGUACUUGCAGUUUUAUACACAGCAAUCUUGACCAAGGGUUUAUCCUACGUAUUAUGAUUAUGAUUUAAGUGAUAACAUUUUAUUAUUGGUAUAUCAGAUUAAAAUUGAGAAAGUUUUGGUUUUGUAUGUGAGAACAGAAUGUUUCUCCUAAUGGUAAUUUUAUUAUUUAGA